AUGCCCUACCGCUCCCCUCCUCCUCCGGUCCCAAGCUCCCCAUCUGAGUAUUCUGAGCGCAGCUCUUAUAUCGAAAAGGCGCCGUGGUACGAGCAGAUCGCGCCCAUCUGCGCCACCUUCCUCCAGACCAAGGCCAACGAAUGCUCUGACUGGCACGCGGUUGGCCCGUUCAUUGCGCGCGCCAUUGCUCGCAGUGGGUACCGGCCGAGGACCGUCUGGGUGGCCAUGGUGUUGAUCGACCGUCUCGCAUGCGAGAUGAACACCAAGAUGCAGACUGCCCAAGAGCUAUUUGCGCCGGCGUUCAUCCUCGCCGCCGAUGAGCAAUGCGAGGGCGCCCACUUCUCAUCCAAUAAAUGGGCGGAGGAUAUCUUCGGCGGGUACUGGGAGGCUGGGGCGAUCGAGGAGAUGCGAGGGCGCAUGUCGCGGCUGCUCAAUCACGACUUCGGCAUGAACAGGGAGGAAGUCGGUGGUUUCAAGAGAGCCUUGACGGCGAUGCACGAGGCCCGCGCACCCACCCCUCCUCUGCACCGCAAGCCCCGGGGCUUGCCCCCUCCCUCAUGUCUGCCUCCUCCCCCGCGCACGCGACCUCCCUCAUCCUUGCCUCCUCCCCCCAACACGCCCACUGUCUCGCACCCGUCGUACUCGCAGUCCCCCGGAAACUAUUCCCGCUCCCCUCCAGGCCACCCUCCCCCCUACGUCCCCAUCGGUGGACCCAUUGGUGUACACCCCGAGUCUCGCCUUAGGCUGCCAGAUCUGUCGAAAUACCGGUCUCCCCCGCCGCAGAAGCUUCGGGAGCUCACCCCGAGCCCGCCCUUGGACUCGCCUGUGAGCCCCGAGCUUGCGACCCCGGUGGACUACGUCCCGCGCGGUGCUCGUCCUGGCGCCAUUCCAGUGUAUCAGCCGCAGCCGUCGAAGCCUGCCAGCGUGCAGUACCCAUUCCUGUACCAGCAAUAUGCUGGCUACUACGCGGGCGAGAGUGGGAGGCGUUAG